GCAGCGGACCAAAAUGCGCCAGAGGAAUGGGUAGCUCUCUUGGAGACACGCAGCCACAUGAACACUCUUCUCCGUGUGUACCACUCAAAACCUCACCUCCGCCUGUAUUUCUAUUUCCCCGUCCGCUCCUUCUUUCUAGGCACCAAUCCUUCUUCCUCACCCAGCUGCCCAACUUCCGGAGCAAGCGAAUCGCAUCAUGCCCGCAGUGAUGAAACCCCUCGCCGCCGCCUCGCCGGUCUCGGCGCCGCCAUCGCCCCGUCGAAGCGUCGCAGGCUCGUCAGGUGCCCCGUGCCAGAGCCUGCACUCCUCAUUCCGCGGCAUCUCCCUGCGGUGCCGUCCCAGGAAACCGGUCCACCGCUCGCCGCCGCUACGCAGCUCCCGGGCCGCGGCGCAGGUGGUGGCCAUGAAACCGGCGAUCCAGUUCAUCCAGGGCACGGACGAGCAGACGAUCCCGGACGUGCGGCUGACCAAGUCCCGCGACGGCACCAACGGGGUGGCCAUCUUCGAGUUCGACCAGCCGUCGGUGUUCGACUCGUCGGCGGAGCUCGGGGACAUCACGGGGUUCUACAUGAUCGACGAGGAGGGCAUGCUGCAGACGGUGGACGUGAGCGCCAAGUUCGUCAACGGGAAGCCGGCCAGGGUGGAGGCCAAGUACGUGAUGCGCACGGCCGGGGACUGGGACCGAUUCAUGAGGUUCAUGGAGAGGUACUCGCAGGCAAACGGCCUCCAGUUCGUCAAGAAUUAAGUCACCUAUCCUCGAUGUGACUUUGUGUUGCCCGUGGGUUCAGUACUUUAGUUCAGUACAACUGUCGAGCUGGUAACGAAGGUGAAUGAUUGUACUGAGUUGUCAUGUGUAUCUCUUAUGUAACUUUGACAUUCUGUCAAAUUUUAACUCUUGCCUUUAGCCGA